AUGGAAGAGCUCGAACAAGAGCUGCUGACUUCUGCAGGUGAGGCUAAAAAGUUUGAGGAGUUGCACAAACAAAGUGGCUCACUUGCAGAAUCAGAGACGACGAGGGCCCUGGAGUUUGAGAGAUUGCUGGAGUUGUCGAAGCAGAGUGCAAAAGAAUAUGAAGACCAGAUGGCUUCUUUACAAGAAGAACUCAAGGGCCUAAAUGAAAAGAUUGCUGAAAAUCAGAAGGUUGAAGAAGCGCUCACGUGUACAACUUCAGAGCUUUCUAAAGUUCAAGGAGAGCUAGAGAUCUCAAAAUCACAAGCACAAGAUAUUGAGAAUAAACUUGCAUCAAAAGAAGCUCUUAUAGAUGAAUUAAGCCAAGAGUUGGACAUUAGAAAAGCUUCUGAAUCUCGGGUAAAAGAGGAUUUUUCGGCUCUUGAGCUUCUAUUAUCAUCCACUAAAGAAGAUCUUCAAGCUAAAGCAUCUGAGUUGGAAGACAUAAAGUUGAAGCUUCAGGAGGAAGUAGAUUUAAAGGAACAAUACGAUGCUAAACUGAAAAGCCAGGAGACACAACUCUCAGUGUCGCAGGAGGAGCUGGCCAAACUAUCUACAGAGAAAGUAGCACUUGAAGCUGCUGUAGCCGAGCUAAACAACACUGUGGUCCAGAUGAAGGAAUUAUGUGGUGAUCUAGAGGUGAAAUUGCAGCUUUCAGAUGAGAAUUUCAGCAAAGCAGAUUCUCUUCUUUCUCAAGCUUUAGCAAACAGUGCGGAGCUAGAACAGAAGCUGAAAUCAUUGGAAGAGCUUCACCAUGAAUCUGGAAAUGCCAUAACUACUGCCAACCAGAAACAUGUUGAGCUUGAGGACAUGUUACAAGUCUCCAACACUGCGGUAGAAGAAGCAAAAUUGCAACUUGGAGAAAUGGAAAAACGCUGUAUUGCAGCUGAAGAAAAGAAUGUGGAGCUAGAACAACAAAUAAAUCUGGUGGAACUGAAAAGCAAUGAUACUAAGAGGGAACUAGAGGAGUUCUCUGGGAGAGUUUCUGAACUAAAUGCCAUUCUUGAGAAGACCCUGGAAGAAAGGAAACAGCUGGAUACUAAAUUGCAGGAGUACGAGGAGAAGAUAGCUCAUUUGGAUUCUGAGUUGGUCAAAUCAACUGCUCGUAAUUUAGAACUUGAAGCGGAACUUAAGACUGUCGCUGAGAAGUGCACUGAGCAUGAGGGUCGGGCCAAUAUCACUGAUCAACGCAGCCGUGAAUUAGAGGACUUGAUGCUUGCAUCCCACUCGAAAGUAGAGGACGCAGGCAAAAAGGUCAAUGACUUGGAGUUAUGCUGAAACGGAAAAUAUAGGAUUCAGGAGCUUGAAGAACAAAUAAGCACAUUAGAGAACAAAUGUGUGGCGGCAGAAGCAGAAUCUAAGAAGCACGCUGACAGGGCAUCUGAACUUGAAGCAGAAGUAGAGGCUUUCCAAAUGAAAUCAUCAAGCCUUGAGGUUGCUCUGGAGGAGACCAAGGAGAAAGAAAAGGAAUUGAGUCAAUGCCUGAACAAUGUGACAGAGGAGAAGAAAAACUUAGAGGAUGUCUACACGAAUUCAGUUGAAAAACUAGCUGAAACAGAAAACCUGCUUGAGGUCCUGCGUAAUGAAUUGAAUGCCACUCAACAGAGACUGGAAGGUAUUGAGAACGAUUGA